UUAUAUCGUCUUCUAUUCUCUACAGAUAGCAGCAGCUAAAUCGUCCUCCACUGCUGCGUUCCACCACCAAUCACAGCAGCAAAUUGUCGUCAUGACGCCACCUCCAACUAUGCAGACGGCCACACCACCGCCACCGUCCACUCAGACAUCCCAGACGUCCCCGGUGGUGCAAGUCAAUGGUGGUGGUCAGUCUUUGACCGCCGACAAGAUCGCCAACAUGAUACCACCAGUGACGAAACGCAAUCCAAAAGAUUACAUUUUCGGAAAGGUCAUUGGCGAGGGCAGUUACUCGACUGUGUAUUUGGCCAAAGACAUUCAUACAAAUCGCGAACAUGCAAUUAAAGUCUGCGAAAAACAACAAAUCAUCAGAGAAAAGAAACGCGAACAAGUACGUCGAGAAAAGGACGCUCUUAAUAUUCUCAGCAACUCCGGAUCCAGUUUUUUCGUUAAGCUCUACUGCACGUUCCAAGACGCCGAACGACUCUAUUUUGUUAUGUCUUAUGCAAAAAACGGUGACUUGCUACCUUACAUAAACAAAGUGGGCUCGUUCGACGCGGCUUGCACGCGAUUUUACUCAGGUGAAAUCCUUCGCGCCCUGGAGCAUYUACACGACCUAAACAUUAUGCAUAGGGACUUGAAGCCGGAAAACAUAUUACUUGAUCACAAUAUGCACAUCAAGGUGGCUGAUUUUGGGUGUUCGAAAAUACUCGAACAGCCCGAUGCUGUGGACAAAUCUAUUUUGAACGAAAACAAUCCCCGGCAGCGGAGUAACAGUUUCGUCGGAACUGCCCAAUACGUYAGUCCCGAAUUGUUGACCGAGAAGACGAUUUCGCCAAGUUCUGAUCUUUGGGCCCUCGGUUGCAUUAUCUAUCAAAUGAUUGCCGGUUUACCUCCUUUUCGAUCGAGGAGUGAAUACAUGUUGUUCAAAAAAAUUCUGAACCUCGACUAUGUGUAUCCAGACGGAUUCAACGCUGAUGCCAAAGAUUUGGUACAGAAAUUGUUAGUGCUUGAUCCAAACGAACGCCUGGGCACCAAGGAUGACCAACGAUACAUUUCAAUUCGCUCACAUCCGUUCUACAGUGGCUUGGAUUUUGACACGUUGCACUUAACAAAUCCACCACCUAUAUACCCUUACCUACCUGGAAAUAGUGAAGGCCAAGAGCUUCGUAGCCAAUAUCGAGUUCCUGAUCAUUUGGAACCGGGGCUAGACGACAAACAACUCACCAGGUUACUGGGUCUGGAUGGCCAAAGCAGUUCAACGACUACCCCAGCAUCUGUACCUAGACCGCGUAAACGGUCCGGCAUUCUUCAUAUGAAUGACGAAGAGAAGCAACACCAACUAAACCAGCAAAAAUGUAACAGUAAAUGGCAUGGUUUAGUAGAGGGCAAUCUGAUUGUCAAACAAGGAUUGGUUGACAAGCGAAAAGGUCUUUUUGCCAGAAGACGUAUGCUGAUGUUAACAAUGGGUCCUCAUUUGUAUUAUGCUGAUCCAGCAUCUAUGACUUUAAAAGGAGAAAUACCUUGGAGUCCACAAUUGCGUGUGGAACCUAAAAAUUUCAGGAUAUUUUUCGUUCACACGCCCAACAGGACUUAUUACCUAGAAGAUCCUGAAGGAUUUGCGUUGGAAUGGUGUAAAGCAAUUGAAGAAAUGAGAGUUAACACCUAUGGUGUAGCUCCUACGACGUGCACUUAACAAAACUGUUAAUGAUAUGACUGUCUUUUUAGUAUAAUUUUGACAUAAACUUUAAUUCUUUAAAUUGAAAAAUGUUCUUUUGAUUACAAUAAUUAUUUAA